AUGAGCGUCUCCCACCUGCCGAAACGAGACGUGAGCCCGCUGGGAGCCAGUCGCUUCGAAAGACCCAUGCACACCUCGGUCUCGCCCUCCAAGACGGCGACGAAUACAUCUACGUCCACCUCCCUCGGCGCCCACAACCUCCUCUUCUCCAGGUACGCCCGCCCCAAGCCCGCCGACUCGCUCUUCUCCCACGACACCAUGGACACGUCGCCCACGUCGGUGAGCUCGGACGAACGGCUCAAGUCGUCGGGCAAGGAGAGCAGUAUUGGGAGUCCCGUGUGUACGGUGUCGCCUGAGGAGUGGUUCGCGCGGUUCCAUACCGCAUCCGAUUUCGAUGGGACCGAGUCAGAUGAGUGUCCGGAUCGAGCGACACUGGCUGCCGUGCAAGAAAUUCCACUGUUCGACGCAGAAGGGAACGAACGCACGUUUGGCUCCAUCUACGACCCGACAAGCGCAACGCAUCAACGACAGCUGGUGAUCUUCGUUCGACACUUCUACUGCGGCGGCUGUCAGGCAUAUCUCAAGGCUUUGACCGAGAGCAUCAGCAUGCGCGAUUACUUUUCCAUACCCACGCCGACUUCGAUAAUCAUCAUCGGGUGUGGACAGCCUGAUCUGAUCCCUCACUACAAAACAUUCACCGGCUGUCCCUUCCCCAUGUUCGCCGACCCCUCGCGACAACUGUUCAAGAAGCUGGGCAUGGUGCUCAGCCUGAAGACCGGCAAAGAGACGCCCGAAUACAUGAAGGACAUCUCCAAGGCGCAGUGGUUGGCCGGGCAAGUCAAGACGAUUCGCGAGAGUCUGAAAGAUCCGGAAGGCAUUCGCAAGAGGGAUAUCGUGAGGGGUGGGAAUCCGCUGCAGAUUGGAGGGGAGUUCUUGUUUGAUGAUGGCGAGGUGGUUUGGUGCCAUCGCAUGCAGCAUUAUCGCGAUCAUACCGAGAUGGGUGCCUUGCGCAAGAUUCUGGAGUUGGAUGAGUGA